CGCGCUCUCUCAAAACUUCUCGCUCGUGCUCCUCGAUGCGUUAAAGGUUUAAAGAGAGCACCCUCCUUCCCUCCUCCCCCAGCCUCCUCCUCCUCCUCUUCUCCCUCCUCCUCCUCUCUCCUGCGUGCUUAAUUAGUUGGAGCGUUUGGAAACUUCUGAUGGCCGUGAAGAAAUCUCACUUUAUUUCUGACACCUGUUGCUGAGGACACCGUGCACACAGCCGUACACAACAGGGAGCGCGUUUCUGACUUUAUUUUCUAAAUUUCUAUAUGAACAAGUGGGACUUUUUUUUUUAGGUGUUGACGGGUCAACGAGUCGCCGAAGUCUGCCUUACACUUUUGGGGACUCGAACAAGGACUUUUGUGCUGCACAAACCCUGCGAAGGUGAUUUAAGGAGGACAUUUCUCAAAAGUGACUUUAAGAAUCUGUUUGUGUAUCACACAGUGAGCGCUCUGCAGAAGACUUGUCUUGGGCUCUGCCUGAAGGGGUUUCCCUUCCAAUAAAAACACCGACCUGUCUGUACUUUACAAGCCGGGCAGAGAGUCACAUUUUCGGACUGGUGCUUCGGAUUGGUGGGAGGAGAAACUUUUCUUGGAGAGCUGAGCAACAACUGGAUUCAAGCACAGCAGAACAGGUUGGUUGCUGACCAUAGCAGACUUCAGGACAGGGGUGCUUUUUUUCCUCUACUCCUCCCUCCUCUUUCCGCUGACUGUGCCAGCUGUAAACCCACAGAGCACUUUUUCCAGCACCGGCUGUGUGGUGCGGACGCGGCGGACCAUGGACAACAGGCCUGUCCGGAGAAAGCGACCCGGUGCCGUGCGACAUCUGCUGCUGGCAGCCGCCUUCCUCGCCUGCAGCUCCCAACUGCUGCUGGUGGAUGCCAACUCAUGGUGGUCACUAGCUCUGACCCCGAUCCAGCGGCCAGAGAUGUACAUCAUUGGAGCUCAGCCUCUGUGCAGCCAGCUGUCUGGACUCUCCCAGGGCCAGAGGAAGCUUUGCCAGCUCUACCAGGACCACAUGGUCUACAUCGGAGAUGGGGCCAAGACUGGCAUCAAGGAGUGCCAGUACCAGUUCAGACAGAGGAGGUGGAACUGCAGCACCGUGGACAACACAUCUGUGUUUGGGCGGGUCAUGCAGAUUGGCUCCAGAGAAACCGCCUUCACUUACGCCAUCAGUGCAGCCGGCGUGGUCAACGCCAUCAGCCGGGCGUGCCGCGAGGGCGAGCUCUCCACCUGCGGCUGCAGCCGUGCGGCGAGACCCCGCGACCUCCCGCGAGACUGGCUGUGGGGCGGCUGUGGCGACAACGUGCAUUACGGCUACCGAUUUGCCCGGGAGUUUGUGGACGCCAGGGAGAGAGAGAAGAACUACCCACGGGGUUCUCCGGAGCACGCCCGAACACUGAUGAACCUGCAGAAUAACGAAGCAGGGAGACAGGCAGCCUAUAACCUUGCACAUGUGUCCUGCAAGUGUCACGGCGUCUCAGGUUCUUGCAGUCUGAAGACCUGUUGGCUCCAGCUGGCCGACUUCAGGCGCGUUGGAGAGUUCCUGAAGGAGAAGUACGACAGUGCGGCUGCCAUGCGCAUCGGACGCAAGAGCAAGCUGGAGCUGGUAGACAAGCGCUUCAACACCCCGACCCCGGAGGACCUGGUCUACAUCGACACCAGCCCCGACUACUGCCUCCGCAACGAGACCACGGGCUCGCUGGGCACGCAGGGCCGCCUCUGCAACAAAACCUCGGAGGGCAUGGACGGCUGCGAGCUCAUGUGCUGCGGCCGAGGAUACGACCAGUUCAAGACCUACAAGCACGAGCGCUGCCACUGCAAGUUCCACUGGUGCUGCUACGUCAAGUGCAAGCGAUGCACGACGCUCGUGGACCAGUUCGUGUGUAAAUAGGACGCUGGGAAGAACAGAGGGAUGGAAAGGGGGAGAGAGGGAGAGAGGGAGGAGGUGACGGGAGGCUGGAGGGUGAAGGAUGUUUAGGAUAAGUUAACACACACAAGUUCCAUUUUUUGACCGGUUUCCUUCUCGGCUCCAUUCAUAAAUCUCCUGCCAGUAUAACACCUGUGUGGCCAUUUUACGAUGGGGAAGAAGAUGGACGCUUUUUUUUUGGACAACUCUCUGAUUAUAAGUCUCCUGUUUCUCACCGCUCCAUCACUCUCUGCUUCCUUGUAUAAUCUCCUGAUCACAACCCUGAAGGAAGGAAAGAAGAAGGGGUGGAAAGAAAGAAAAGAAGGACAAAAAAAAUGAAUGAUCACAGAAGGACAUGAAGGAUAAAUGGACCUUGAAAAAUGGAACAACUGGAUCCUAAAAAGCAGACACGUACGGUGUGAUAUGAGAGAUGAAAUAAAUAUAUAAUUAAAUAAUAAAUAAACAUACAACUCUGAUUGUUAUUUAAAGAGACUCAAGCAAACCUGAGGCACACUUUGGACCCUGAAAAAGUUAUUAUAGUCAUUUUGGAGGCCAUGUGAGCGCUGAACAGUGAUCUUUGACCUUUAACCCCUGCAAGAGAAAAUUCUCUGUUGUGCUGAUGUGACUUAAACACGGUCAGAGAACACCAGAAAUGUGGGAAAAGUCCAGACUGAAGCAGGCGGACGGGAGCGGGAGAAUGGAGGGAAAAGAGGAAAAAGGGAAAAAGUUCAAAUGAAAUGACUUUGGGUGAUCAUUUUGCAACAAAAUUCAGACCACACAGCUGAAUUUCCAGUUUCAAAAAGUCAAAAAAAGACUUACAGGACGCAGGGUCCAUUUGUCUCGGUGUAACUACCGCUGUUAGAGCAGAUUUCCAGCACCUGUGACCUGACAAGUGUCUCCGUGCAGGUUAAUGAGGCUCGCUGGUUGCGGCCAUCUUGCCACCGCUGCUGUUUAAACAAGCAGCUCACACGGCCGGCCGGCGUCCUUCAUCUGACAGUGAAGUGAGCGAAACCUCCAUUAGCGAGAUUAAUGUGCUGUAUCUGCCUUAAUGAACCCGCACUAAGAGACACGUUCACUGUGAGUGGACCUCUUCAUCUCAUGUUGUUAUGCAACUUAAUAAGUCAACAGAAAGCCCCCGUGGUGUCAAUUUAGACGGUUUUGACGCCAAUUUAAUACUUUAUAAUACUGUUAUACCGUGAAUUUUGCAACUUGUAUGGGUUGAGAAUAUUUUAAGUGUAUAAUGUAAUCAAGUUGAUAACAAACAUGAGUGGACAGAAGAGGACUGAACAUGCUGUGGAAAAAAAUUGAAUGUGUGAGCGUGGAAAAACAGAAAGGACUGCAAUUUUAUUACGUGCUACUUUAAAGUAGUAGAUGAGAAAAAGAAGGUAUAUUUUAUUAUUGUUUUUCAUUUUCUGUUUUCUAUGUUUUAUACAUGAGUAUUAUUGUGUAUUCUUUUUGAUAAACUAGUCUCUUCGACAA